GCUCCGCUUGGCGUGACUAUGCGGGACUGACGUGGUGUGUUUGUCCACCCGCGUGCUGCUUGCGCGGCGUCGCCGCCGACGAGCCGAUGAUGAGGAAGCACGCGCACCCGGCAGCCGCAGCCGUCGCCGUCGCCGUCGCACGAGUCCCGCCGCAACAGCAGACCGCCGAGCUGCUCUGCUGACGCACUCCGGAGUCGCCCAGCGUCCCUCGAGUCACGAGACGACAGCGGGACAGGGAGGGAAGAGGAAGACUCUUACGCGGAGAGAGACAGGAGGGACCGACGCUCUCGCGCCGGGAGAGAAGAAGAGGGUUUUUCGUCCGCGCGCAGCGUGUGCCGUCGGCCGCCGACGGAGCCCGGAUUUUCGGUGGCCCCUGGUGACCCCACCGUCCCCCUUUUUCCGUCGGACGACCUCGUCCUCUCGUGAAAGCAGCGCGCGUCCAAGCGCCCGAGCUUAGCGCGCUGUAACAGUGCGCCGAGCAAGUGUAUAGUGAAGUGUUCGGGGCUCGCUCGCUUACGUUGUGGGAAAAUAUAGCCGCUACGGUGGCUCAGCACGCAGAGUUCCCCGGCGCGGCCAGGGCGUUCAUGGCGCAGCCAAGGUACGAUGAUGGCGGGCUGCACGGGGGUUACCUCGAGGGCGGUGGCGCUGCAGGCGCGGGGCUGUACGAUCCACACACUGCCCGCGGUGUUCCCGGUCUCCAUCACAGCCCACACCUGGGAGGUAUGGGGCCAGCGCACCCCCAGUACCCACCGCCACCUCCUCAGCCGCCACAGCACGUUCUCGCGGCGGCAGCUGCGGCCGCGGCCUCCGCGGUGCCCGAUGUCCACAAACGUGACAAGGACGCCAUAUACGGACACCCCCUGUUCCCGCUCCUCGCACUCAUAUUCGAAAAGUGCGAGUUGGCAACGUGUACGCCGCGCGAGCCCGGUGUAGCUGGUGGUGAUGUCUGUUCGUCAGAAAGUUUCAACGAGGAUAUCGCCGUUUUCUCAAAACAAAUCAGACAAGAGAAGCCGUACUACAUUGCAGACCCGGAGGUGGACUCGCUCAUGGUUCAGGCGAUUCAGGUCCUCCGGUUUCACCUCCUCGAGCUCGAAAAGGUACACGAGCUGUGCGACAACUUCUGCCACCGGUACAUCAGCUGCCUGAAGGGCAAGAUGCCGAUCGACCUCGUGAUCGACGACCGAGAGAGCUCGAAGCCACCCGAGUUGGGUAACGGUCUGGACGGCAGCGGACCCAGAAGCACCGCCGACAGCACCAGCCACACGGACGGGGCCAGCACGCCGGACGUCAGGCCGCCUUCCUCGUCGCUUUCGUAUCCCGGCGCGGGUGCUAACGACGACGCCCGCAGCCCCGGAAGUGGUGGCACACCCGGACCCCUGAGCCAGCAAGCGCCGGCCAGUUUGGACUCAGCGGAUCCAGAUGCAAUGGGGAAAUGGUGUCCUCGUAGGGAAUGGAAUUCGCCCCCUGACGCGCAACGCGCGGCGUCCGAAGCGCGUCGUGGUGUCCUUUACUCGUCGGUCUUCCUCGGCAGUCCCGGUGACGCGAGUAACGCGAGUAUUGGUAGCGGCGAGGGCACGGGUGAGGAAGACGACGACUCCACAGGAAAGAAAAACCAGAAGAAACGGGGUAUCUUUCCUAAGGUUGCGACGAACAUCCUCAGGGCGUGGCUCUUUCAACAUCUCACGCAUCCAUACCCCUCGGAAGACCAGAAAAAACAGUUGGCACAGGACACGGGGUUGACGAUUCUCCAAGUUAACAACUGGUUCAUAAACGCGAGACGUAGAAUCGUUCAACCGAUGAUCGACCAGAGUAAUAGAGCUGUGUUUCCACCAUUGUCCGCAGGACCAAGCGGGGCAUACAGUCCGGAUGCGACGAUGGGCUACAUGAUGGACGGACAGACCAGCAUGAUGCACCGACCGCCCGGCGAUCCUACCUUUCACAAUCAGUACCAUUACCCAGAAUACUACGGACAUCACUUAUAAAGACUGAGGAUCGCCAACCUCGGAUGUUUCAGGAGUACUUGCAAGAAUGGAAUGGAACGGAUGAUGAAAUGACACGAGUUC